CCUCAAGUCCUGCUGCAAUCGAGGUGCCUCCAUGACGCUGUGCUUGUUCUUCCUCCCGAUCAGCUCACCGUGAAAGACACGCCCAGACAUCCACCCAAACAUCCACCCAGAGCUCCACGCGUCAUAACCUCCUCCCAUCUCUCCCACCAUGUUCUCUGCUGAGACGCAAAUUGGAAACAUGUCGACCACUGUCCUCGUAACUGGCGCCACCGGCCUUCUAGGCCGGCAGGUCUUCAACACCUUCAAGCACUCCGGCUGUUUGGUCGUCGGUCAAGGCUUUUCGCGAGCCAUACCGCCGACGAUACAGAAGGCCGACCUGGAAAAGGAGGAGGACAUUAAGAAUCUGCUGGACGAAGCGAAGCCUCAAAUUGUCAUCCAUUGUGCCGCAAACCGUUUUCCCGACCUGUGUGACAAGAACCCGGACCAAGCGCGUCGGGUCAACGUCGACGCCACCCGCACUCUCGCAGAAGAGACCGCGCGCCGCGGUGCCUUUCUGGUCUACAUUUCGACCGAUUACGUCUUUCCCGGUAAAGAGGGAGAGGCUCCCUACGCUGCCGAUGCGACGACGAACCCGCCCAACCUCUACGGACAGUUCAAGCGGGAUGGUGAGGUGGCCGUGCUGGAGGCUACCAAGGAGUCCGGGCUAGGGGUGGUGUUACGGGUGCCUGUGCUGUACGGCACUGCCAAGGAGAAUUCCGAGAGUGCCGUCAACACUUUGGUAGAUGCGGUGUACAGGUCCCAAGAUGAGAACGCGGGGAUCACCAUGGACGAUUGGGCCCAGCGCUAUCCCACUAACACUGAGGAUGUCGCACGGGUGUGUCGCGACCUGGUAAUCAAGUAUGUCAAGGAGCGACAGCGCCUGCGUGAGCUACCCAAGAUCCUGCAGUUCUCAUCAGAGGAUCGGAUGACCAAGUACGAGAUCUGUGAGAAGCUGGCGGACGUGCUCGGACUGUCCCUGGUGGGGAUGGUCAGGAACAAGCAAGGGAAUGACCCGAACGCGAGCGUCCAGCGGCCCUACGACACGCACCUGUCGACCCAGGAAUUGAAGGACCUCGGGAUUGAUGUCCGGACGGUCGACUUUGUAUCGUGGUGGCGGAAACACUUGGGCGCGUACAAGCAUUAAAUGGGAUAAAGUUGGGAAGAUCAGGGCUACGGAUGAACUUGUAGAGGAUGGCAUGCAAAAAAGUCUAUCCUGCAGAGAUUGUUUAGUAGGGAGAUGGCGAUAAUGCUUGUCCCUGAAAGCAGCAAUGAAACAGACGAUGAUAAUCUCGGAAGGGAUUGGUUUCAGCUAGGGUGUGGUGUGGCUGUUGGAUAGUCGAUGGCCGUGGCAUGUAGAUCCCCGAAGAUGUACUCCGUAGAGAGGUGUGGCGAGUUCCUGGAAAUCGGCGAGGUAACAUCAAAGUCAAA